GAGGCGUUCCGCGACCGGCGGAAGCUCCGCGCCAACCGAACGGAGCGCCUCCGGGCGGCUGGCUUCUCGGAACGAGACGCCGAUCGCCUGACGGGGGCAGAGGCGGCCGAGGCCGUGUUAAGGUAAACUUAACUCAGCCGCCGGGAGGCGCUUGCGCGGGCGAGCAACCGGCGACAAAAACAGAGAAGGGUGUGUCUCCAAGACGCAAGCUAAUUGAGAAUGUUUUAGGUCGGGCCCGCCCGCUGGCUACAUUCAUUUGGUGGGGCCAUUCCUCCUCGGCCUUCACGGCUUCCAGGAUUUCCAACUCCCAACAACUUUGCAGGUUGCAUUCUUAAGAGCUCUUGACAACCUGCGAUAUCUCCUACGUGUCCUCGGCUUUCCUACGAUUCCAUGGGUGAUGAAAUGUCUGAGAAGGGGUCUACAGGUGCCCUAGGAAGUGACCGUCGAAAUUCCGAUAGUCACAAUAACACCACCCUACGGCUGCAAGGGGCGCCAUUUGGUCUCGAGGAAUUGCACGACUAUGAGCUGGGUGGCCACCACCCCGUCCAUCUGGGCGACAUGCUUCACCAACGUUAUCGAGUCGUCCACAAACUUGGAAGCGGCGGCUAUGCUAUUGUCUGGCUCUGUAGAGACAUGUCUUCGGCGCCUGGAUACUCGUACGUUGCAGCGAAAAUCAUCUCGGCCGAGGGAUCUACGCCAGCAUGCCCGGAAUUGCGGGUGACCAAGCUUACCGAACUCACCAAAGAAAGCGGUGCAGCGAGGGGGCUUUUAUGCCUCCCUCUCGACCGUUUCGAUAUCGAGGGACCUAACGGAACACACUAUGUCUUCGUGUACCCAGUGUUGGGACCUCGGGUUUCACGCCUAAUCCACUUAGGGAGUUCAGGCGACCCUGGCGCUGUGUUGAGAAGAAUAUCGUCUCAAACAACAGAAGCAAUGGCGCUUCUCCAUUCUAUUGGCAUCUGCCACGGUGACUUCCGGCCAGCCAACAUCUUGGUCCAAAUCUCGGGUCUCGAUGGGCUCUCCGAAGAGGAAGUUUUAGACAUCCUGGGAGAACCCAAGUUAAACAACGUCGUGACUCUAUCUGGGGAUGCCUAUAAUUUGUCUACAGGUCCUCGGUAUCUCGUGUAUCCGGUCAACUGGAAUGCUGUCGUGGCUAGUCCGCGGGGGUCCGCUCUUAUUGUCGAGAAAGCGUCCCUGAUCGAUUUUGGCGAAUCUUUUGACGUAUCGACUCCGACCCCCGAUCUUGGGAUCCCACAGGUCUACUGCUCUCCGGAAUACGUAUUAGAUGGUGUCGUUGGUGUCGAAUCUGAUUUGUGGGCUCUUGGCUGUACGCUGUUCGAAAUCCGUACGGGCCGUAAGCUCUUUGACACCUUUGACGACGACCGAGACGAAUACCUCAGUAAAGUGGCCAUGGUGCUCGGGAAGUUUCCCGAGCCAUGGUGGUCGGAGACGUGGGAGACGCGAAAACAGUAUUUUCGAGAUGAUACAGAUGCGAAUGGGCGGGUGAUUGAAGUCUAUGGCGGGCUAGGUCCCGGUAUAGAGUGCCGUGAAGCACGAGAUGGGGAUUUAAGCAGGCGCGCUGGUGACCCGGUUGUCUACCAGAGGCCGGAGCCGCGGUCGCUGGAGGAGGCAAUCCGGGAAGGCCUGUACUAUGAGUAUAGCGAUAGGCCGGGUGGCAUCGAACGACCUUUAUCGGAGUCGGAGAGCGUGCUCUUUGCCGACCUGCUGGCGAAGCUGCUCUGAUACUUACCGGGGCAGCGAAUCUCUGCAGAUGCGGCGCUAGAGCACGGGUGGUUCAGGUUUGCCGAGCUGUCGACUUAGUGAUUUCGUAUAGAGUUGGUGUCAAAGUAGAUAGGAAAGGAGCAGGGAGAGCAAGCAUCAUACUCCAAGGAGUGGGGGAUCGUUCUUGAGUUAAGCUCUCCUACCCCCAGACCGUAGAUAUAAACGACUUUUACUGCCAGGUAUAUCGUGAAUACUAGCGCUAGAUAUACUUGAGAUGUUUACGGAAGCACCUGCUAGAGGCUUAUCUAUCAAUGGAUUUGAGAGAUUGAUUCCCAGCUCUGCAAACCACUGCUUUAUGCAUGCCCCUCUCCUUUCCUAUCCUCUCUGCUUCUAGUGCUUGCCAGGGGUUUCGUACCUCUCGGUUAUAACGUAAUCGGACAUCAAUCCGGUCACUUUUUCCGCCCCGCACCCCACCACCUCG